CACAUAUCAGUAACGGUUUCCUAUAUCUCUUUUUAUCGUCUUCGUCUCCCUUCUUAUUCCUUCAUUUCCGUUUUCCUACACACUACCAACUUAUUUACUUACGCAUUAUUCUUGAAAUAACAGUAUCCUCUUGACACUCAAACUACCACUUUGUUACUUUCGCAGUGCAUCUAACCAGUCUUCUACAUGGUAAUGUGAUAGCUGUUUGAAUCCAGAAACCCUGGUGACAUAGGACAAACGCACUCGACAUACAAGACAUACAAAUCCACAGAUAAUUAACGAACAAACUAGAAUAGGGGCAACCGAGUGGCUAGACUAUCAUACACCUGGAACUGUACCAAAAUAACAGAAAACGAGCGCAAAGAAAUCAGUCGGUUUAUACAAGCUACAUGGUAUUGGAUUCGGCAAUGAAGAAUAAGGAGUAAGUAAUGGAAGAAGAAGGGUGGAAUAUUUUGAACAUGUUUUGACUGACCUCAGACAAAGGAACAUUGAAAAUUAUUUACUGUUUGGGGUAAAACCUUGGCGGUGACCGCGGAUAGGAUAAAUUUGACCUUGUCCAGAGGACAAACUAGAUUAUCUGAUGCCGACUAAACAAUAUGUCUGUUUAAAGCCUUUCUACCGUUGAAUGUCAUCCAUUGUAACUACCAGGCGUUAAAAUGUCAAGUGUAAACCUACAUAGUGAUUUAUUCCUGCAUUAUUAUAAAGCGUGGGGUGGAGUUGAAGAUUAUGAAUCAGAGAACUUAGGGAUACCAGAUUUUUUUCAACGUGUACCACAAGAUAACGAGAUUUUACCUGCGAAAUUACGGGAGGAUGCUAGGUCUGCUUUGUUGGAGAGAAAAAGUUUGAGAUUGUUGUCUAAUGUUGAACUUCAAGAGUUUUGGUAUCUUUUGGAACGCUAUCAUUCACCUCCUACAGUUAAUGGUGAAAAAUUCAUGGACUAUGAGAAUUUUCGCAAGGCAUCUAAAGAAGCAUCUCCCAAGGCAAAGCAAUAUUUCACAGCAGCUACAUUUGUAAAAUUACUUCGUGAAGAUGAAGUUUUGUCACGUAUUAAUAUCUUGACAUUUUUCAAUUAUGUCAUGAAGAAAGUAUGGUUGCAACAAACCCAUGUUGGGAUAUCUCUUUAUGAUGUGUGCGGUGAAGGUUAUUUGAGAGAGACAGAUUUGGAAAACUAUAUGUUGGAACUUAUCCCUACUUUGUGUCAGCUAUCAGAUUUGGAGCCAACGUUCCAAACAUUCUAUGUAUGCACGGCUGUACGAAAGUUCUUCUUUUUCCUUGAUCCUUUACGUUCGGGUCGUGUGCGUAUCACCGACAUUUUAGCUAGUGGAUUUCUAGACUCUAUGCUUGAAUUACGUGAAGUAUCUACAUCAGAGGCACAAUUAGCCGCUAAUUGGUUUAGUCAUCAAUCAGCUGUACGUGUUUACGGUAGCUAUUUGCUCUUAGAUGAAGACCGAAAUGGCUUGUUAACACGCAGUGAAUUAUCACGAUUUGGAAAUGGUACAUUGACCGACGUAUUUCUCGAUCGUGUAUUUCAAGAAUGU